GGAGAUUGACUCCGAAGGGCCUAGAGCUCAAUCCCCCUUCUCACAAAGGCAACAACACUCACGACAGGUCGGAAACGUCCAUUAUUGUCAUCUCGAGAUGCAUUGGAUGCUCACGAUCGCUUCACACCACGAUCUGGGCGUGGCAGUUCAUCAAGUUUGAAUGCGGGGACUCCGCAUGCACCCGUACGGUCAUGUAGGUGUGUCUGGCCAUGAGGGUCUCCGGGGGAGGACUCCAUUUCCCCAACAUUUCAUUCCCGGCGCUAAACGGCAGUUGGUGGCUAAAAUACGCCAUUGUCUGAAACGGAGCUUGAUUUGUCUGCACGCGCAUAUAGUGCCCCCUAUUAACCCGUUGAUUAUUAGCCGGCAAUCCCAGCCCCCCGUUAACUCUUACGACGCCCGGUACCAACGAUCCAAUGAUCAGGCAGCGAUGGCUUGGUCGUCAGCCAUAGGAAGUUCGGUAAUCGUUGCCGUGCCUGUGUUACUUCCGGUCUUGCGUUUCACUCGUUUGCUUCGAGAAGCCGGAUCAGAUGGUGGUGAAUCCGGAAAUCUGCUCAUAACGCCUCGACGUGACGUGUUGAUGUCAUCGCAACCAUGUCCGCCAGGGGGUGCAAUGGAACUGUUUUGAAACUCAACUGAUCAAGGCCACCGAGGCGAGGACUACCUCGUCACCUAGCCAUGUCCUUUGGCCUUACUCUGUACAUCCUUCAUCCUGCCGGAGUCUGUUUUGUUGUCUUGCUAUGUCUUCAGCGCCGGCUAGGCCUAGGUUGUUUCCAGGUUGAUUCCGGGGUUGCGGUGACUACGAUAUGAUAAAGCUUGAGGAUAUGAAAUCGGGAGGCGUCAGGAAGUGAGUAAUUAGCACCGGACGCUCCGAGAAGCUG